UGGUCCAGUGUGUAUUUGUUGCUGUCAAGACCAUUGGAAAUAUUGUGCUGGUCACCAUGCUACUGGACUUCAUGUUUGCCUGCAUUGGAGUCCAACUUUUCAAAGGCAAAUUCUAUGCCUGCACAGAUCCUGAUAAAGUGACUGAGGACACAUGCAAAGGCUGGUAUAUAAAGUACCAGGAAGGAGCACUUCAUGAGGUGGAGGUCCAGAGGAGGGAAUGGACCAACUCAGAGCUAAAUUUUGACAACAUCCUUAAUGGCAUGCUGGCUCUCUUCACCAUUUCUACGUUUGAAGGCUGGCCAAAGUGA